UGUUAGUUUACUUUUUAGCUCCUGGUGAGUCGAAUUUGUUAUUUACAUUGUUUUGCUUUUGUACUCUCACUGGGCCCCAUAUCCCAGCUCGAAUGGCUUCUGGCCGGCCGGGGACGCUCGCGCCGCCGAUAUACCCAGCAGACUUGAAGCCCUUGUGUCUGGUGUUGUUCCCUUGAAUGAUUGUGCCCCCCCUGUGUUGAACUAACAAAUCGGAUGAUUAGACCAUGGCAAAAUUUGCUCUAUCAAACACCUGCUCAGGCUGCUCUAGAUUAUUCCUGGCAGCUCUGUGUCUGCUCUUUUGGAUUCCAAAUGGAGCAACGGCGUUUACCAGCACUACUGUCCAUCGACGACCAUGUCACCACUUCCAACCAACACUGCCAUCACUGCGUCGGCACAUGGUAGCCACGGAUAAUGAUAACAAUGACAGUGUCAUUGUCAGCAGCACAACCGAAGAUGAACCAUCAACUACUAUUGAAGAAGAAUAUUAUGCGCAAGACAUUAAUGGCAAGGAAAUUGCCGCCACCAUUCGUCACGAAAUCAAGGAACAAGUCGAAGAACUGAUGAUGCAAAACAAAGACAAUCAUCAUCAUCCACCUGGAUUGGCCGUCAUGCUGGUGGGAUCUCGUCGCGAUUCUCAAACCUACGUCAAUAUGAAAACCAAAGCGUGCGACCAAGUGGGAAUUGCCAGUUUUCAAUUCAACUAUCCAGACGAUGCCAGCAACGAACAAGAAGUUUUGGAAAAAGUCCUGGAAUUGAACCAAGAUCCUACCGUUCACGGUAUUUUGAUUCAAUUGCCACUUCCCGCCCAAUGGGAUCAAGAUGCCAUUUUACAGGCCGUCCAUCCCGACAAGGACGUGGAUGGAUUGCAUCCCGUCAAUGUCGCCAAAUUAUGGACCAAUUCACAACAAGAAUCAUUCUUUCCCAUUCCCUGUACACCCCUCGGUUGCAUGGAGUUGUUGCGACGCAGUGGCAUUGACGUGGCGGGAAAACAUGCGGUUGUGUUGGGACGCUCUCAUUUGGUCGGAUUACCACUCAGUCGAUUGCUCUUGCAAGCCGAUGCCACUGUUACCAUGGUGCAUUCCAAAACUCAACAUAUCGACGCAGUCGUACGACAAGGUGAUAUUGUCAUUGCAGCCGUUGGUCGUGCCCAAAUGGUCCAAAAGGAAUGGCUCAAAAAGGGAGCCGUCGUAGUGGAUGUGGGGAUCAAUGCCGUGGAUAUGCCACCGAAAAAACCAGGAGGUAAAACAUACAAACUCGUGGGAGAUGUCGACUAUGCCGAAGCCAGAAAGGUGUGCUCCCGGAUUACUCCCGUUCCCGGUGGAGUCGGACCCAUGACCAUUGCCAUGUUGUUACGGAAUACUCUGCAAGCGUGUCAACAACAACAACAACAAAAACAACAAUAAUAAUAAUAAGACACACGUGGAGUUGCUAGCUAACUAAAUUUGCAUGGAAUUGUACCGUUGUUCAUGUCUAGAUUAUACGUAGAGG